AGAAUAAAUGAAUGAAUUAAUCAUUGAAACUACAGAUAAUACCUAGAUAUCGCUACAAUCCUGUGUUGAAGCGGGGAAUAUAUGGAUAUGAAUACGAAUAUUGGUGGUGGUGGUGUUGACACAGAAUUACUUGAAUGCAUUAUUCAUUAUAUCAUGUCGCGGCUCCCCACCAAAGCUGUAGCUCGAACUAGUGUUUUGUCCAAAACAUGGUACCAAAUCUGGAAAAAUUAUACUUCCUUAGGAUUUUCCCUAACCCAGAAAAAUAAAGAUGAUGUUGUUAAAUCUCUGCGUCAGUUCAGCCAACACAAGAUAUCAGUGCGGUCCUUUCAUGUGAGCAUGGGCGACCCUGACCUUUAUUCUCAUCUUGAUACUUUGAUAACAUUAGCCUUGGAAAAUGGGGUCCAAUUCCUAAGACUGACUCUUUAUGGUAUCAUUGACUGCAUGGGUUUCAAGUCUGUUUAUAUUUCUAAUCUUGUUCAACUCCACACUCUUGAACUUUACUUGCAAGACAACGAUGUUGAUGUUGAUGAAAUUGUGAUUGCAUCUCAAAGGCGUGAGAUGCCAAAGUUUUCAGUAGCUGUAGCUCCCAAAGGUGGUUUAAAGUUUGAGCGUGAUGAAGAUCAUAGAUCUUGACAACAUAUUGCGAGUCUAGGUUGAGGCACAUGUUAGAAUUAUCUUGGAAUAAAAGAUGAAUCUCUCAUCAAUAGAAUUGUUGAUAGUGC